CAUGUACUGGUUGUAUUUUUCUAGAAUGAUUAAUCUAAUUGAUUAUUGUUAUGUUAAUUUUGUUUUUCGACAUGCUUUGUUUCUCUUUAUCAACGAAGAAAGAAAAAACAAAUUCUUGUUGUGUUCUUGGCAAAUUAUUAUCCAUUAUCUAUCUCUCCAGCAAUAUGCGAGUAUCAGUUUUACAUUUGAAGCUGUUGGAAAUUUUAUUCUAAAAUUUGUUGUAUAUACAAAUCAGAUUUCAGAAUAUAUAUAUCUCUAGUAUACAACUUGUGCGUAAAAAUGUGUAUGGUUCGUGUAAUGGCUUUCUUAAAUAAUUAACUAAGAAUAUGAGAGAUCCUUCGAGAUCAAAAAAAUAUUAUUAGGUUUGAGUGUAUGUGUAACGUUAAAAACAAUACCGUAAUUGUAUGUGUACAAACUCAUGACUAUGAAGAAAAAAGAAUUGUAAAUAGGUGCUUCAGAUUAUAGUACUGUGCCACAAACUACUGCUUGGGAUAUUGACUUUUUCCAUUAUUCAUGUUCUACGUUUCUAUCUAAACGUUAUUGCGUAUAAUGAAUUUGCUAGAUAUGAUACUAUAUUAGUAAUAACAACAAAUUUCUCAAACAUGUAUGUGAAACAGAUUUUUUUUUAAUUCAAUGACUCAAAACAAAAGAACAGUCAGAAGUUUGGUAAUUUUUUGAAAGUUUAUCUCAAAACCAUUCAGAUUUUGAAAGUUAUAUAUAGAUAUAUGUUAUAUUAUUCUUAUUUAAAAUGGAAGAAAAAGAUUUUUUAUGUUCAAGUCAAAAAGUUUUAAGGCAAAACUGGUAAUACCAUUAAUGGCUAUUAUUAGAUUCAAUGAAUAAUACAAAAAAAAUCUAAGGUUGUUUAUGAGUCAAAAUCUUAGACGGUUAAGAUGAAUUAAGCUAGAUCUAAAGGCUCUUAUUCUUCUUGUAGACAACACCCUAUCAUGUUGAAAUCCUUUUAAAUAGAGGCUCUCUCUUGUGCUGUUCUUCACUACCAACUAUCAAUAAUCAGUAUACUAUUUGUUACUUCAACAUAUUCUAUCAGUAUAGUUUUUCCUGUUUCUCCAUUCACCGAUCUCUCUUGUUUCUUCUUUUCUUUUGAAAGCUGGGCUACUUCUCAUUAUUUCUUGUCUUUCAAAGGACAUAUUUUUACAAUGGAUGAGUCUACUCCAAUCGAAGCUACACCAUUCAGCUAUCUAAUUCCGAGCUUUGCUGACGAUGAUAACCAUCACAUGGAGAACAUCCCAUCACCAACUUCUCAAGUGGUUACACCACUUCAAACUGUUGAUGACGAGACCUCUUACACAACACCACCUCCCAUUCUUCAAGCCUCACCGCUUCAGCCUGCUAAUGAGGAAAACUACAACACACCAACACCCUAUCAACCUCUAUUACUGGCCACACCACUCAGCUUCAUUUCACCAUCUGAUGAAUCCAACACUGCUGCUGUCGAUCCCAACAUGGGUCCUAUCAAAAGAGGACGAGGCCGACCAAAAGGUUCAAAGAAUUCAAAGCCGUCCAAGAAGAAGAUGGAAACCUCUCAUCCCAACAAUGAAGUGGUUGUAUCUGGUCACAAUGAUGAAACUCACAACACAUCAUUCUCCCCUCAUCCUCCUCUAAUGGCCACAGAUCUUCAAGCUAUUGUACCAUACGAUGACUCCAACCACGACUCUUUGGCUGAUGAUGAUGCUGCUCCGAGUAGUGAUCCUCUUAAAAGAGGACGGGGCCGACCAAAGGGUUCGAAGAGCGCCAAGACGCCUGUGAAGAAGCUGAAACCCCAUAAUCCCGACGACAAAAUAUUUUGUCCCAGUUUUGACUCGAUGAUAACCGAAGAGGAGAAAGAAAAUGGGAAUGAAGAUCUGGUGGACUCCGUUCGGAUGCGUUUCAACGCCGUUUGUCGUCGCUUAGGCCACAUAAGCUGCGAGAAAGCUGUGGUCACAACUGCCUUCAGUAGGUUUACCAAUCUGGGUGUCAGAACUAACAAGAAGAAGAGAAUCGGUCCGGUUCCAGGGGUACAACCAGGAGAUAUAUUCUACUUCUGGGGAGAGAUGUGUUUGGUUGGACUUCACACUCAGAUGCCUGCUGGUAUCGACUAUCUACUAGCGAAAGAUGGUGAAGCAGAAGGCUUAACAACAAGUGUCGUUACAUCAGUAGGACACUACAACGACAAAACGGACGAGCUUCAUACUUUGGUAUACACCGGGCAAGGAGGAACGUGUAAGGAUGGUAAACCUAGAAAUCAAGACCUUGCAAGAGGAAACCUAGCGUUGGUCACAAGUCAGAAAAGAGGAAAUGAAGUUAGAGUGAUUAGAGGUGUAGAGGAUCCGGGCGAUAAAAAAGGGAAAGUAUAUAUCUACGAUGGUCUCUAUGUGGUAACCCAUUAUUGGAUAGAGAAAGGGACCACCGGCUUUGAUGAAUUCAAGUUUAAUCUCGUGAGAAAACAAGACCAGCCUUCUGGUUUCGCCACGUGGAAGUUAGCUGAAGAAUUGAUGAAGUGUGGUUCGAGUAAUCGGUCGAGGAAGGGUUUUGUGUUUGAAGAUAUUUCUCUUGGAUUGGAGGCGUUGCCAGUUCCGAUCGUGAACGAGAUCGAUGAGAACGACAAGGAGUGGCCUCUAGACUUCGACUACAGAGCCUCUCCAGAAAGUUUGAGUAUGAUGAUCGUUCUGAACCAUCAAUCUACUGGAUGCAACAACACUUGUCAAGGUGGUCAGUCAUGUGGAGAUCCGACGUGUCUUUGUAUUCAAAGAAAUGGCGGCGAGUUACCGUAUGAUAACCGCAUUUUACUAUAUCGUAAACCGAUGAUUUACGAAUGUGGCGAAUCCUGUUCUUGCCCCGCGGACUGCAAGAACAGGCUAUCUCAAAGCGGUUUGAAACUCCGGUUGGAAGUGUUCAAGACGGAGAGCUGCGGUUGGGGGUUACGUUCGUGGGAGCCCAUACGAGCCGGGACUUUUAUCUGCGAGUUGGUUGGCACAGCUAAGAGAAGAGAUGAGAUUGAAGAAGACGACGAGUACGUCUUCGACACCUCUCGAGUUUACAAAAGGUUUAGGUGGAACUACGAACCGGAACUUGUGGGUGAAGACUGUUGGGACGAAGUCUCUGAAGUUUAUAAACUUCGGUCGGAAAUAUUGGUCAGUGCCAGAGCUUUUGGUAACGUUAGUCGGUUCAUGAACCAUAGCUGCUUGGCUAACGUUAUGUGGCAGCCUGUUGAGUUUGAAAAGGAUGGCCAACCUUUGGUUCGUAUUGCCUUUUUUGCAAAGAGACAUAUACCUCCGUUGACAGAGUUGAGAUACGAUUAUGGAAUGUCUUAUGAUACUGGAGAGGUUGAUGAAGGUGGAAGCAGGGUUUUUACAGGUAAAAGGGCUUGCUUGUGUGGUUCGGAAAAUUGUCGUGGUUCUUUUGAGUGAGGUUGAACAUUUUUAUUAUUAUUGUUGUUGUCUUUUUAUCUGUUGUUUUGAUUAUUGUGGUCUUGUGUUUCCUU